AUGACCACAUUUGAAAGACAAAAUCAAGGUCAAGAUAAGGAAAGUCAAGAUGUUUCAUCCACUUCUUAUCAGGAAAAUGAGGAUGGCAGUGGCUAUGAAGAAGUAUGCUACACAGUCAUUAAUCACAGUCAACAUUGGAGACCCUCCCUGAGCUCCACUGAUGAUGGCUAUGAAAAUAUCAACUCCACCACAAAGAAAGUGAGGCAGUUUAGAGAUAGAUCAGAAACAGAAUAUGCCCUUCUCAAGACAACCUGUGUUUCUAGGCCUGCUUCCAGCAUCCAUGAGCAUGAUUAUGAGACUGUUUCCCUGCUAGAAACCCUUCCGUGA